AUGUGGCGCACCGUCCUGCAACGGAGCCCGACAGAGAAGGUGGACGCUGACAAGGCGCCAACGCCUCCGACUCAAACUGAUGGCAGUGGUGACGCGAAGAGCGAGGCAAACAGCUGGCUGCAUGAGCAAGAGUGCUCCAAACGUGCAUUGCUUGCACAAUCGGACACUGACGAAGCGGCAUGGAUUCAGCCAGACCACAAAACCUCUGACGCAGCAACAGGUGUCGGCGGCGCUGCGUUUGAGCCAAGAGACCAGAUGCUUGCUCGGCUCCUGGCCCUGGAAGCUGAAGUGUCACGACUGCGCGAAGGAGUCCGUUGUCUCCAGAGCCAAGCGCUGAAAGCCCGAGACGCCUCAGCCCCUUACUUGUGUGCUGGGCACCGGUCCCAGAUCUUGUUGGCGCGCCGGGACCCAGGCAUUGCUCAACUCCUUGGCCAUGAGCUUGCUGUCCUCGGGCAGUUCAUUGCUUUGACCUUACUUCCAGGUUUUGCAGGUGUCAGGCAAGCUAGGAUGAUGGCUGUGGUAGCCUCGCAGCCUCCACCUGAAGAGUCUGGUGCUCGCUGCCCAGCAUGGUUGCCGCUGGAAUGGGGCGAAGGUGCAAUGAUGCAACGGCUGCUAGAAGCUGCCAACAUUCUUCGAGACGGUGGCACGCAGAAGAGGGCGCGGGAGGCUUUUCAAGAGGCUUACACAAUUCACAUGCGACAAAAUGAUGAGAUGCACCUUGCUUUCUCCGCGGCUCUCCCGCUGUUUUUCGAAUCCUUAAGAACAGGAGAGAAAGGCGGCUAUGGUGCUUCGUGUGGUCGCGGACAGUUGACUUUUAGAAAGGAUCACUCACACCUCGACAUUCCAGCCUGCAUCAAGCUGUUGGAGGGGUUGCAAUCCCUCUCCAGAUUUGGCGAUAGUCCACCCGCCUUGCCUCCAGAAGGCUGUCCAAGGUGGGAGUAUGUUCGCGAGCUUUGCUCGCAGGCCGCUCUAUCUCUGGAUGUAGCACGGCUCGUCUACUUAGAAAGGCGUAGACGGAGUCAAAAUCCAGAGCCUCAAAGCUCGCCCCUGAGCGACCAAGUUCCGGAAGCUGUGCCUAUGCAAGAGGAGGUCCGCGGGCCAGCCUCGGAGAAAGAGAAAGGAGACUUUUCAACGCAAUUGGUCCUAGAUGAUGGCCAGGAGGCAACGUCGGCCACGGACUCUCAUGGCACCUUGUCCGGCAUCUCCCGGGAAAGUGCCCCGAACACCAUAAGCAUCGAGGAAUGCGCACGGCUAAGGCAAGUCGCCUUAGUGCGGGCAGGCCAUUUCCUCAGCGCUUUGCAGGAUCCAAUGGACCAGCUGAGAGCAGAGUAUGUAAGUUCAAUGGACCAGCAAAUGGCCGGACGGGAGAGCGAGCUUUUGUUCCCAUCCUUCGGCAAGUUUGUGGAAGAGCAGUUGCUGCCUCUCUAUGUGCGCGACAUUAGCAUUUCCACGCUGGGCGAGGUCAUGAUGUAUUACUGUGCGAUUGAAGUGGACGCCAAGGAUGAGCACAGGGCCCGGCAACUGCUGGGCGUAAGUUCUCAGUCUGGCUUGAAGAGGAAGCUUAGCGUGGCAUCAUCGGCUCCGGUAACUCCCAUGGGUCCCAUCAGCCAAAGAGAGCCGACGCUUCAGGACCUCAUUCAGGCCAGUGAGGCAAGCAUGAAGAAGCAAAAGAUGCGAAGCGAAAUGACGACCUCCGUGGUGGAGAAGCGCCGGCACGGCAUGCCGGCGCAAGCAGACUACUUAGCACCCAGCAGUGUUGCCAGACCUUUCAGUGAGCGUCGGCCCACCGAUACCUCUGGAAGCCAACAGGAGAGGAAGCAGCGCAUACCCGAGCAGCGAACACCCGAAAAGAAGCUGAAGAGCUCAACUUCGGUGUCCACGGCCUUGUGGAAGUCUCCUGCUCCCAUGAUGCAAACUCCUCCGCGUCGACCUAAAGAAGACAAAUCACCGGUGACUUGGGAAAGACGGCGCGCCGCCGACCAUGUCCAACCAUCGCCAAGACACUCGAUGACAGCAGACUGGACGGUCUUUCCCUUCUCGCCAUGA